AUGCGACCUGUCAGUGCCUGGCGGUGGAGCCCGUGGGGACUGCUGCUGUGCCUGCUGUGCAGCUCGUGCCUGGGAUCUCCGUCCCCAUCCACGGCCCCUGAGAAGAGGGCGGGGAGCCAGGGGCUGCGGUUCCGGCUGGCUGGCUUCCCCAGGAAGCCCUUCGAAGGCCGCGUGGAGAUACAGCGAGCCGGCGAGUGGGGCACCAUCUGUGACGAUGACUUCACGCUGCAGGCGGCCCAUGUCCUCUGCCGGGAGCUGGGCUUCACAGAGGCCACAGGCUGGACCCACAGCGCCAAGUACGGCCCUGGAACAGGCCGCAUCUGGCUGGACAACCUGAGCUGUACUGGGACUGAGCGGAGUGUGACCGAAUGCACCUCCAGGGGUUGGGGGAACAGUGACUGCACCCACGAUGAGGAUGCCGGGGUCAUCUGCAAGGACCAGCGCCUCCCUGGCUUCUCCGACUCCAAUGUCAUCGAGGUGGAGCAUCACCAGCAAGUGGAGGAGGUGCGGCUCCAGCCAGCGGUGGGGCGGGGCCGGCGGCCGCUGCCGGUGACGGAGGGGCUGGUGGAGGUGCGGCUGCCGGGCGGCUGGUCCAAGGUGUGUGACCGAGGCUGGAGCGCCCACAACAGCCACGUGGUCUGCGGGAUGCUGGGCUUCCCCGGCGAAAAGAGGGUCAACGCGGCUUUCUACAGGCUGCUGGCCCAGCGGCAGCAACACUCCUUUGGUCUGCACGGGGUGGCCUGCGUGGGUACGGAGGCCCACCUCUCCCUCUGUUCCUUGGAGUUCUAUCGCGCCAAUGACACCGCCCGGUGCCCCGGAGGCGCCCCCGUGGUGGUGAGCUGUGUGCCAGGUCCUCUUUAUGCAGCAUCCAACGGCCAGAAGAAGCAACAGCAGUUGAAACUUCAGGAGGAGGCCCGAGUGCGUCUGAAGGGCGGGGCCCGCCCCGGAGAGGGCCGGGUGGAAGUCCUGAAGGCUGGCACGUGGGGCACCGUCUGUGACCGCAAGUGGGACCUGCAGGCGGCCAGCGUGGUGUGCCGGGAGCUGGGCUUCGGGAGCGCCCGAGAGGCCCUCAGCGGUGCCCGCAUGGGGCAGGGCAUGGGUGCCAUCCACUUGAGUGAAGUUCGAUGCUUUGGACAGGAGCCCUCCCUCUGGAGGUGCCCUCACAAGAACAUCACAGCCGAGGACUGCUCCCACGGCCAGGAUGCUGCAGUCCGAUGCAACCUGCCCUACACUGGGGUGGACACCAGGAUCCGACUCAGUGGGGGCCGCAGCCGAUAUGAAGGGCGAGUUGAGGUGCAAAUAGGGGGGCCUGGGCCCCUCCGCUGGGGCCUCAUCUGUGGGGAUGACUGGGGAACAUUGGAGGCCAUGGUGGUCUGUAGGCAACUCGGACUGGGCUAUGCCAACCACGGCCUGCAGGAGACCUGGUACUGGGACUCGGGGAAUGUAACAGAGGUGGUGAUGAGUGGGGUGCGCUGCACUGGGACUGAGCUGUCCCUGGACCAAUGUGCUCAUCACGGCACCCCCGUCACCUGCAAGAGGACAGGAACCCGCUUCACUGCUGGCGUCAUCUGUUCAGAGACCGCAUCAGACCUGCUGCUGCACUCGGCCCUGGUGCAGGAGACCGCCUACAUCGAGGACAGGCCCCUGCACAUGCUGUACUGCGCGGCCGAGGAGAACUGUCUGUCCCGCUCCGCCCGCUCAGCCAACUGGCCUUACGGCCACCGCCGUCUACUCCGCUUCUCCUCCCAGAUCCACAACCUGGGCAGAGCGGACUUCAGGCCCAAGGCUGGGCGCCACUCCUGGGUGUGGCACGAGUGUCAUGGGCACUACCACAGCAUGGACAUCUUCACCCACUACGACAUCCUGACCCCCAACGGCACCAAGGUGGCCGAGGGCCACAAAGCCAGCUUCUGUCUCGAAGACACCGAGUGUCAGGAGGAUGUCUCCAAGAGGUACGAGUGUGCCAACUUUGGAGAGCAGGGCAUCACUGUGGGCUGCUGGGAUCUCUACCGACAUGACAUUGACUGUCAGUGGAUCGACAUCACAGAUGUGAAGCCAGGAAACUACAUUCUGCAGGUGGUCAUCAACCCCAAUUACGAAGUAGCAGAGAGUGACUUCACCAACAACGCAAUGAAAUGUAACUGCAAAUAUGACGGGCAUCGCAUCUGGGUGCACAACUGCCACAUUGGUGAUGCCUUCAGCGAAGAGGCCAAUAAGAGGUUCGAGCGCUACCCUGGCCAGACCAGCAACCAAAUCAUCUAA